UUGAGCAUCUUUCCAGUGACGUCACUGCAGCCGCUCCAGCUGGGAUCGCCCUCCACGAGGGUUUUUUUCUUUUUUUUUUUUUUAACCGGCAGACUGCAACCAAACAUUUCAGUCGUCUGGUCACCUUCUGUACAAAAAACAUGGCUUCUCAGGAACAGCAGCCCAACGACGUCCUGGCGACGCUGAAAACGGAGUCGGAGACCCUGAAGACGAAGCUGGAAGAGGAGAGAGCUAAACUGCACGAUGUUGAACUGCACCAGGUUGCUGAGAGGGUGGAGGCACUUGGUCAGUUUGUCAUGAAGACGAGAAGGACACUGAAGGGACACGGCAACAAAGUUCUGUGCAUGGACUGGUGCCGGGACAAAAGAAGGAUUGUGAGCUCCUCGCAGGAUGGAAAAGUAAUUGUAUGGGAUGCGUUCUCAACUAAUAAGGAACAUGCCGUAACCAUGCCCUGCACCUGGGUGAUGGCCUGCGCCUACGCCCCCUCUGGCUGUGCAGUGGCCUGUGGGGGUUUGGACAACAAGUGCUCAGUGUACCCCCUGUCCCUAGACAAGAACGAGAACCUGGCCUCCAAGAAGAAAUCUGUUGCCAUGCACACCAACUACCUGUCCGCAUGCAGCUUCACCAACUCUGACAUGCAGAUCCUGACGUCAAGCGGGGACGGGACGUGUGCCCUGUGGGAUGUGGAGAGCGGUCAGCUCCUGCAGAGCUUCCACGGCCACGCUGCUGACGUCCUCUGCCUGGACCUGGCCCCCUCAGAGACCGGCAACACUUUCGUCUCCGGGGGCUGUGACAAGAAGGCCAACGUGUGGGACAUGCGAUCUGGCGAGUGCGUCCAGUCCUUCGAGACCCACGAGUCGGACAUAAACGGCGUCAGGUACUACCCCAGCGGGGAUGCGUUUGCUUCAGGCUCCGAUGAUGCUACUUGCCGCCUCUUUGACCUGCGGGCAGACAGGGAAGUUGCGAUCUAUUCCAAAGAGAGUAUCAUAUUUGGAGCUUCCAGUGUCGACUUCUCUCUCAGUGGCCGCCUUCUGUUUGCUGGGUACAACGACUACACCAUCAAUGUGUGGGACGUACUGAAGGGGACCAGGGUCUCCAUCCUCUUUGGUCACGAGAACCGCGUCAGCACCUUGCGUGUCUCCCCCGACGGCACGGCUUUCUGCUCAGGGUCCUGGGACCACACUCUGAGGAUCUGGGCCUGAGCAGUUUCACCAGUGGGGAAUCGAGAGCCUGUGAAUUCCAUGUUAGUUAAUCAGUCAAGAUAUCCACUUCCUGUGCAGGUAGCACUCAUUGCUCAUCUGAUAGUGUACACCUCCAGCAAUGCAGAAGAGAUUCAUCUUGUGUGCAUCUCUGGAAGCAGAUGAUGAAUCGUACACAUAGUUCCCGUGUGCACGCAUAGUCUCUGGCAUCGUACGCACUCACACACACGCGCGCGCGCAUGCUCAAUGUUCUAGAAUGUUCUGCUCUCCGAAUGACAGAUAAAGUCAGCCCAUCCCCCUUUAAACUUUCUGUUACCUGGCAACAACAGUGUUGCACCACUUGUCCGUGUGUAUGUACAACGUGAUGUGGGAAACCUUAUCAUCAUAUACAAUCAUAUUCAAUCAUAUAC